CGUCCACCAGUCACCACCGUGACUGUCACAUCACCCAGCAAAGGAUACACCUACACAGAGCACUCCGGCCGCCGUGCCGCCCAACUCUCCGGUGGAGUUUCCGUCGUCAAACCCCGCCGCCUCCGUAGUCAACCAUCCCCCGAAUUCCCCCCACCCAACCAGAGAGGCGGCCUCCAGCUCACGGCGUCGAUCUCCCCCCGCAAACGCAGUCUAGCUCCGAAUUGGGGGCGUAGCCCGUAAGCCACGCUCCCCGCGGUACAAAGAGAGGAACCUAGCAGCAGCUGAAGUGGGUGAGAGGAGGCCACCCGGGGAUAAGCAAUGGCGGCGUUCGCCAGACGCUUCCGGGAGCUCUCUCUCCUUCUCGCGCUGGCCCUGUGCUCCGCGCUCGCCUCCUCGGUGGAGGGCGAGACCUCGAGAAGGUUCUGGAUCGAGAACGAUGCGUUCUGGAAGGACGGGGAGCAGUUCCAGAUCGUCGGCGGCGACGUGCACUACUUCCGCAUCAUCCCAGAGUAUUGGAAAGACCGCCUCUUAAGGGCUAAGGCACUAGGCUUGAACACAAUUCAAACAUAUGUUCCUUGGAAUUUGCAUGAGCCGGAACCGCGGAGCUGGGAAUUCAGGGGAUUUGCUGACAUUGAAUCGUAUCUAAGACUUGCUCAUGAAUUAGAAAUGCUGGUCAUGCUUCGUGUUGGUCCAUAUAUUUGUGGAGAAUGGGAUCUUGGGGGAUUUCCACCUUGGUUGCUCAGUAUAGAACCGGCCCUUAAACUGCGAUCAUCAGAUUCAGCCUAUCUUUCCUUGGUGGAGAGAUGGUGGAGUGUAUUACUCCCAAAAGUAGCACCACUAUUAUACGUCAAUGGAGGUCCAAUUAUCAUGGUGCAGAUCGAAAAUGAAUUUGGUUCAUUUGGAAACGACAAGAGAUACCUUCAUAACCUUGUUCUACUGGCCAGACGAUAUCUGGGGAAUGACGUUAUUCUGUAUACAACUGAUGGGGGCACCAUUGGUACCUUAAAGAAUGGCUCAAUUCCUCAAGAUGAUGUUUUUGCUGCUGUUGAUUUUUCUACUGGUGAUAAUCCAUGGCCAAUAUUCAGAUUACAGAAGCAAUACAACUUUCCAGGAAAAUCAGCCCCGUUAACCGCGGAAUUUUAUACCGGAUGGCUAACGCACUGGGGUGAAAGUAUUGCAACAACAGAUGCUAGGAGCACAGCUAAAGCACUGAAAGAUAUUUUGUGCCGCAAUGGUUCUGCUAUACUUUAUAUGGCUCAUGGUGGGACCAAUUUUGGGUUUUACAAUGGGGCAAAUACGGGUCAAGACGAGUCUGAGUACAAGGCUGACCUCACUUCUUAUGAUUAUGAUGCGCCUAUUAAGGAGCAUGGAGACGUGCAGAAUCCUAAAUACAAAGCACUGAGAAGAGUAAUACAUGAAUGCACUGGCACUCCUCUUCGCCCUCUCCCUGACAACAUUGAAAGAGGAAAUUAUGGUCUUGUGAAGUUGCAAAAGGUUGCUUCUUUGUUUGAUAUACUUGAUAAGAUUUGUGAUCCACCGAAAGUGGCUGUUUCAGAGCAGCCACUUUCUAUGGAACAGUCAGGGCAGAUGUUUGGGUUUCUACUGUACUUCUCGGAAUACCAAGGAAUAGGUCCUUACAACAUUCUAUCAAUUCCAAAGGUACAUGACAGAGCCCAGGUUUUUGUGUCCUGCUCACUUGAUGGCGUCAGAAAUCGAAGAUAUGCUGGAACUAUUGAGAGAUGGUCUAAUAAACCCCUUCAGAUACCAAGCUUAAGCUGCUCAUCUAACACUAGCUUAUAUAUCCUGGUAGAAAAUAUGGGCCGCGUAAAUUACGGUCAAUAUAUUUUUGACAAGAAGGGAAUACUAUCUUCUGUUGAAAUGGAUGGCAUUACUCUCCGGCACUGGAAAAUGUAUCCUCUAUCAUUUGAUGCACUGGGCGUCCUUUCAAAAUUCCAACCAAUCCAGCAAAUCACUAAUGCCAGAAAUAAUAAAGUUCCCAUUCAUGGUGAUGCACAAAAUAAGUUACGUGCUUCGUCAUUCUAUCGAAAUGGCCUUUCGGAAGGGCCAGAAUUUUAUGAAGGCCAUUUCCACAUUGAAUCUGAUAGUGAAGUAAAGGAUACAUUCAUAUCAUUUCGUGGUUGGAACAAAGGGGUUGUUUUUGUGAACAACUUCAACAUUGGAAGGUUCUGGCCGGCGAUGGGACCACAAUGUGCUCUUUAUGUUCCUGCGCCAAUUCUCAGAGUUGGCGACAACGUUGUGGUUAUAUUUGAACUGCACGGUCCAAAUCCUGAGCAUACUAUCAACUUAGUAGAAGACCCAGAUUUUACAUGCGGUUCAAAUAAAUGAAAAGGUUGGAUGGAGUGCAUGUAUAUUAGUUCAGCGCAAGGUUCUCAACUGAAAAGGCUGUUUUACAG